AUGGAGGAGCUGAAUUCACUCUCUUUCGAACGGUUGGAAUAUGUUGCCGACUACUGUAAUCUUGCGAAACAACUGGAGGAUCGUUUGAUUUUGGCAAGAAGUGAAAUAACAAAAGCACGAACAGUACGAGAAUUGUCUUUCACAUCGCUCUACAAUGUCAAUGUUCAAUCAUUGGAACCGACAGCAAGAGUUCUCUACAAAGAAGGGAAGUUCAGGCUAUUCGAUGAGUCACAAAUGAAGGAUGAAGAGGAAGGCAGUAGCACGAUUCGUAGUCGUAAAGCAGAGAGUUUCGAUGCAAACAGUGAGCAAGAGAAGCCAAAGCCUGAGAUCCCGAGGUUUCGACCGUUCGGCAUUCUUGAACCAUCAUCAGCUAAGGAAGCAAGAAAGACCAUGCAGUCAGCUUUACAGAUUAUCUGCGAAUUGGCUACAUUACAGUAUGAGAUUAAACGAAUCGACUCAAAACUACUUACGAUAAAGAAAACACUGACGGAAGAUCGUGAACUAAGUCAAAAACUCUAUGAAGUUCUUCAAGUUUGA